AUGGAGGACUGGCUAGGAAGAAGGAGGGGGGUCCUCACGUACCGCUUGACUCAGGUGGUGACCGGGCACGGGUGCUUUGGACACUACCUGCACCGGAUAGGGAGAGAGCCGAGCACCCAGUGCCUGGACUGCGGUGUGGAGGACGAUACGGCCCAGCACACCCUUGAGGAGUGUAGUCGCUGGGCCGUGGAAAGGGCUGCGCUGGUCGCAGCCACAGGACUGGUGGACCUCUCGCUGCACAGCGUCAUAGGGGCGAUGCUGAGCAGCGAGAGAAGAUGGGAUGUAGUGGCCUCCUUCUGUGAAGACGUCAUGUCACAGAAGGAGGCGGCGGAGAGAGAGCGCGAAGCUGCGGCUGACGCGCUGCCUCUCCGUCGAAGACGGCAGGGUCGAAGGCGACGAGCAUUCUUGCGCCACGACCCUUAG